CGAUGGGUGUUUUGGGGGCUCAGACAGGCGCGCCCCGCAGGCUCCGGAGAGCCCCGCCCGCCGGUCGCUGGAAGUGGGCGGCGUUGCCCUGCCCAGCCCGGCUGCUGCCCGGCUCCCUCCCUCCCUCCCGCGGGCUGCGGCAGAGGCGCCGGCGCCCGGCGGAGGAGCAGGACCAUGGCCGCGGCUCCGGCGGAGGCGGAGACCCGGCAGCGGCUCCUGCGCACCGUCAAGAAGGAGGUGAAGCAGAUUAUGGAGGAAGCUGUGACGAGGAAGUUUGUGCAUGAGGACAGUAGCCACAUCAUCUCAUUCUGUGCGGCCGUGGAAGCCUGCGUCCUGCACAGCCUGAAGCGGAGAGCAGCCGGGUUCUUGCGCAGUAACAAGAUUGCAGCCCUGUUCAUGAAGGUGGGCAAGAGCUUCCCUCUGGCAGAAGAUCUUUCUAGAAAGGUCCAAGAUCUGGAACAGCUCAUCGAGAACACACGAAACCAGGUACAAGGCGUCCAGGAGAACGCGCGCAAAGUGCAGAAGCUGCCGAACCUGUCUCCCCAGGCCAUCAAGCACCUCUGGAUCCGCACAGCCCUCUUUGAAAAGGUCCUGGAUAAAAUCGUGCAUUACCUGGUAGAAAACAGCAGUAAAUACUAUGAGAAAGAAGCUCUCCUGAUGGAUCCUGUAGAUGGACCAAUUCUUGCUUCCUUAUUGGUGGGGCCUUGUGCGCUGGAGUACACCAAGAUGAAGACGGCGGAUCACUUCUGGACUGACCCCUCUGCUGACGAACUCGUUCAGAGGCAUCGCAUUCACAGCUCACACUGUCGCCAGGACUCUCCCACUAAGCGCCCUGCCCUCUGUAUUCAGAAAAGGCAUUCGAGUGGCAGCAUGGACGACCGGCCGUCACUGUCUGCCAGAGACUACGUGGAGUCUUUGCAUCAGAAUUCCAGAGCCACACUACUCUACGGCAAAAACAACGUCAUGGUGCAGCCGAGAGACGACAUGGAAGCGAUACCAGGGUACUUGUCCCUUCAUCAGACUGCAGACAUCAUGACAUUGAAAUGGACCCCCAACCAGCUAAUGAAUGGUUCUGUGGGCGAUCUGGAUUAUGAGAAAAGUGUGUACUGGGACUAUGCCAUGACCAUCCGCCUUGAGGAGAUCGUCUACCUGCACUGUCACCAGCAGGUAGACAGCGGUGGGACAGUCGUUUUGGUGAGUCAAGAUGGGAUUCAGAGGCCUCCACUCAGGUUCCCCAAAGGAGGGCACCUGCUACAGUUUCUGUCCUGCCUAGAAAAUGGUCUCCUUCCUCAUGGACAGCUGGACCCACCUCUUUGGUCACAGAGGGGGAAGGGGAAGGUGUUUCCAAAGCUGAGAAAGCGAAGUCCCCAGGGCUCUUCCGAGUCGGCAUCUGAUAAGGAAGAUGAUGAAGCUACGGACUACGUUUUCCGGAUAAUAUACCCCAGCAUGCAGUCAGAGUUUGUGCCCCAGGAGCUGAUAGACACACCUGGCAGCAGCCUGCCUUCCAUGUGGCAGCCUAGCACCCGCAAGUCCUCCUGCUCCUCGUGCUCCCAGAACAGCUCCUCCGAUGGUGGCCCAUCCAACGGCUGCAACCACGAAAGAACCCCACUAAAGCUCCUGUGUGACAACAUGAAAUACCAGAUCCUCUCCCGGGCUUUCUAUGGCUGGCUGGCAUACUGUCGACAUCUCUCCACUGUGCGAACCCACCUGUCUGCAUUGGUUAACCACAACAUUGUGUCUCCUGACCUCCCAUGUAAUGCCAGCUGUGGCCUGACUGCAGAGAUAUGGCAGAAAUACUUGCAGGAUAGCACGAGUUACGAGGAGCAGGAGUUGUUACGGCUCAUCUACUACGGUGGGAUCCAGCCUGAGAUCAGGAAAGCCGUCUGGCCGUUCCUCUUGGGCCACUAUCACUUCGGGAUGACGGAAGCUGAGAGGAGAGAGGUUGACGAUCAGAUCCGGGCCGGCUACGAACAGAUCAUGGCGGAGUGGCUGGGCUGCGAGGCCAUCGUUCGGCAAAGGGAGAAGGAAUCCCACGCUGCGGCUCUGGCCAAGUGCUCUUCUGGGGCGAGCUUAGACACCCACAUUCAGAGGAUGAUGCACAGAGAUUCGACUGUCAGCAACGAGUCUUCCCAAAGCUGUAGCUCUGACAGACAAAGCCACGCCCGGCUGCAGAGUGACUCCAGCUCCAGCACACAGGUGUUUGAAUCAGUUGAGGAUGUGGAACAGACCGAGGCAGAUGCCCAACUCGAAGAUGGCAAACAAGCCAAAAUCGUAAAUGGGAUGAUUGCCAAUGGCACGUGUUCCCCUGAAUCUGGUCAUCCCUCUUCCCAGAAUUUCUACAGCACGUCAGAGCAUAGCUUCAGCACUGACGAUAACGCGACGGAAUCCAGCAAAACCGGGGCCUGCCACCAAGUGAAAUCCGGUGGGGCAGAGGCCCCAAAACCACAGAGCUCAGCCAACAUACUAUCGGAGGAUAAGCUGGUGGGGGAGGAUCUGGACAGCCUGGAAGGUGAAUGUCCCAUCAAUGGAAGCUUAGAAGUCUUUAUUCCAGUUGGCGGGAGCACAGCGGGGGUUUUGCCUGACAACGAAGUGGUGGGCCUUUCCGUGGUGGAUGAGAGCUGGGCUGAUAGCGAAGCUGAAAAGCGCAGCUUGGUGGGGAGUGAGGACAAUCUGUCGGAGGAACCAGAAAUGGAGAGCUUGUACCCACAGCUAGAUUCACUAGCUGUGGCUGACUUGGCUAACAAUGAAGUUUCUUCCGUCUCCUCAACUGGGGUCACCUAUUCUCCAGAGCUCCUGGACAUGUACACCGUGAACCUGCAUCGCAUUGAGAAGGAUGUGCAGAGAUGUGAUCGGAAUUACUGGUACUUCACGCCUGCCAACCUCGAGAAGCUCCGCAACGUCAUGUGCAGCUACAUCUGGCAGCACAUUGAGAUCGGCUAUGUGCAGGGAAUGUGCGACCUGCUGGCGCCUCUCCUGGUCAUCCUGGACGAUGAGGCGCUCGCGUUCAGCUGUUUCACCGAACUUAUGAAAAGGAUGAACCAGAAUUUCCCACACGGGGGAGCCAUGGACACCCACUUUGCUAACAUGAGGUCGCUGAUCCAGAUCUUGGACUCUGAGCUAUUUGAGCUAAUGCACCAGAAUGGGGACUACACCCAUUUCUACUUCUGCUAUCGAUGGUUUCUCCUGGACUUCAAGCGAGAGCUGGUGUAUGAUGAUGUUUUCUCCGUCUGGGAGACAAUCUGGGCAGCUGCACGCGUCUCCUCUUCACACUAUGUCCUCUUCAUAGCCCUGGCCUUGGUGGAAAUGUACCGGGACAUCAUUUUGGAAAAUAACAUGGAUUUUACAGAUAUCAUCAAGUUCUUCAAUGAAAUGGCCGAGCGGCACAACACCAAACAGCUCCUGAAGCUGGCCCGGGAUCUCGUGUACAAAGUCCAGACGCUGAUUGAGAAUAAAUGAAGGGCCUGGGAAGGGUGGGGUGUUUGGCGAGACGUCGCAGACUCCCAGCCAACACUUCCUGCCCCAUUUCCUUUUUCUUGAAGUGCCACACCGGUGACGACACAACCUUGGUAGUUUGACACAUGCUGCUCUCUAAGAUGAAAGUACCCUUAUCUCUGCUCUCAUGCUGUUGAGCUUCGACAUGAGGGGAAGGGUCCCCUGGUUUAGUUCUUCAGCCCCGCAUUCAUUUUCAGUGAUUGACCAAAGAGCUGUAAAUCGGCAUCUUCUUUUCUGUUUCAAACAUUUCUACUUGGGAAGCAAAUCCUGGGCAGACGUUGCCUUGCUUUGCUUUGCUUUGGUGGUAUGAUUGCAGUUAUGGUCCCUAUCUUUAGCAAGAGCACUUUCCAGACAAAGCUUUCCCAAGGGGGGUGGGCUACAGGCAGACGGUGCUGCUGCUGUCCCUUGGGUCUGCCUUUGAAUUUGCAGCAUAUACUUCAGGGGAACAAAACGCUUCCCAAGAAGCAGCUUCCCCAUGUGACAAGAGAGCCAGGCAGUGCCCCUCUCAAGCUAGUGAAAACGAGGGUGUUCUCAGCAUUCGGCUCUGUGGGAGGAGCGUGAGGCUGUGCCUUCAGCAGACAGACUCUGAUCAGGCAAGUUCCUCCUACGAUAUACCCUCUUCCUUGUUUGGGGCUCUGUUCUCCUCCCAUUCCCUAGGCUUUGCAGUUUGCUCCUCGCCCCAGGAUCAGAGCGUGUGGAGUUCCAACUCCGGCUCAGUUUCCAAAAGAGCUCAGGAUGCCAUGUAUUUCGCUGCCAAUCUAGGAGCUGAGCUCUGCUGGAAAGUCUGGUUCCAAUUGUGGGUCCUGAGCACUUGAAAAAUCCGGCCCUGAGCGCUUUUGAAAAUUCAGAGUGUAGGGCCCAGAGGAGUCUCUUGUGUUUAUGGAGCCUGAUCCUUAGCCCAGUGAAGUCAAUGGACUCCAGUCGGACAUCAGUGGGCUUUGGGUCAGGCCCAUGUGGAGGAAAACAGACCCUGCUUAGCAUUCUCUGCUCUGGGUACCCAGAGUGGUGCAAUUCCAAGGCAGCUUCCCUGCAGUGGCACUAGCAUUGUGCCCCACGGGCGCUGUGGCGUGCAGCCCCUUGGCCUGCACCAGAGCAGCAGGAAAGCUGAGCUGCAGGGUAAUUGGUGAGGUUAGUGCAGCCAAGAGUUUGGGUUUAUUUUUCAACUCAGGUUAAAAAAAAGUAGAAGCGGAAAAGGAGAGAAGUGGGUUGUGUUAGUGGGUUAGUUCCCACCUUCCCAGGAAGGUCAUUGUCAUGGCUAAACCAGUCCGUGGUUGCUCCUGGCAGCUGGGAAAAUGCUUUGCUGUAGCUCUUUCAAGGGUACUUUCUCUCAAAUUGUGCUGCAAAAAUCUGUUUGCCAGCCAUGAAAUGUGUGAUAAAUGUGUUUUCUCUUCCUCCACUCAGCUCUCCCAGCAGGGCUAAGCCAGAGCCCUCUGCGCUGAGGGAGUGGUGUUCACCAGAAGGGGAAAGGGACCCAUCUGUUCCCCUCCUGCACAACCCUCGUUUGUACUGAUGUAUUUUGUAUUUGUGUGUGGUGUGUCUCAGAUGUUGCUUGCAGAAGAAACGCAGAAGAAAAUAGUGCAUGCUCCAGAAAUCAGUUGCAGAGUACAGUGAGCCAGUCUGCAGUAUGUGAACAAAUCAGCUCAUCCCUGGGUACUAUUGGGAUGCAGAGUCUGUAACUGCAAACCAGGGAAGGGCAGGGCCUGCUGAACCCUUUUGCUGGAGAUGAAUACAGUGCUAGGUGAAAGCAGAGGAAAUCUGUCUUCUCUAAUUUUUUUAUUUUGCAGGCUAUUUGUACUUUAUCCACAAGAGGUAGGAAACCCUUUGAAGCAAUUUUCUGCCCAGGUUAGAGCCAAUCUGCUUUAUUAAACUCCAAAAAGAGCUUAAUUUACUGGAGAAAACAGUCCACACUAGCAUCUGAAAUAGUCUGCAUGGAAACCGAAGAAGCUGGGCUUUAAACCUUCAGGUUCAACUAUGAAUCUGUCAUCUUUUCCUAAAGCAGAGAGCAAAUCUCACGCCUACACUGGUGACCUGUUCCUGAUUCUAGACCUUGUAGCUUUUCAGAUGUUAGAAUGGAUAAAUAAUCUGAGUAACCUUGUUCUAAAGUGGAAGGGAUCAAAGUAACACCUUCACAUAGCAAAACUAAGGAAUAAUAACCAUUAGAUAGGCAUAAAUAGUCAUAUUUUAUCAAGCAACAACUCUGACACUAGCUUUCAGGCUUUUUUUUUUUUUUUUUUUAAACGGAUAGCUGAGAAUCCUGCACAAUAUCUGCUAUCUGUAUUAUCUGAGUGUGUCUUCGGACCCAUCAAUAGCAGUGUUUUUGAAUAAUUUCUAACAAAAAGAAGUAUUUAUUUAUUCUAUUGACUGUACAUUACUGUGUGUCCCUGUGUACUGAAUUCAGUGAGUGUGAAUCUUUAUGCAAAUGGAGAUAUAUCUUUUCAAUGUUGCAAACAUAUCUUCUACAUGUUUACCAGAAAAUUGUGUCUAUAUAUACAGUAUCGAGAAAAAAUGUGAUUUAAGUGGGGUAUUAUUUUUUUGAGGGGGAAAAAAAAAUCUUUGCUUCUAAGAACUGCGUGGUUCUCUGUAGCACCUACUCAAUGAUGUGCCAAUCUGUCACUUUCCUUGUACUGCGAAAAUUGUUCUGUUCCAGCAACAAAAAGCUCAAUGCAGGUUAAGAAACCGUUUUACCUCACCUUUGCUUGGUUUAGUUCGAAUCAAAAAUUGUGGAACAGAAACAGAGGUAACAACUUUAUCCCUGAUCCCUCAGUGGAAUCGCCACAUGUGGCCCCUUUCACCCCAUUCUGCUCUGCACAGGCACUGGGGUCAGCCUGGGUAGACGUGGUUGCAGGAUCAGGGGCCUAAUGUGUUCUAUUGCAGCAAAUUAGAUUCCCCCCAAAAUUUAAUAUAUUAGGCUGCAGUUAAAGCAACACUGCAUCCAUUUUGCUCCAAGAGUAUGAACGUUAAACUGAUCCCAGGGUACUCUCCAGAAAAAUAAUGAAGUGUCCAUAGAGAAAGCGUUAGGGAUACAUUCUACUCUCACUUGGAAUGUAAAUCCAGAGUAACUCCAUUGCAGUCAAUGCACCAAAUGUAACAUUCAAAUGGGAGCUGCCAGCGUACGUUAAAGUCAGUGGAACAAAUUCUGCUCUUAGAUAUUCCAGUGGGAGUUGUGCAUGCGAAUCUCAGAGCAGAAAUUGGUCAGGGGGAUGUGUUAUCUUGAGUGUGUUGCUCUUUGAAUGCAUUUCUUGUUCAGAUAUCUUGCCAGGUUGUUAAUUCACAUGCACAGCCGCAGGCAGGUUGGCUGAUUGGUGGGGUUUAUAAACAGUGCAUAUCAGAAAGUCAAGAUGUACUGUUAUCAUGGCAAAUUUCCAUAGCUUUUGGCCAUGUGUGGUCCCAACUCAGCUCUGCGUGUGUGUCCAUAGACUGUGUACUUGGAGUCACAAAGGCCGUGAAAAACUGUGGGAUAGUUUGGAUUUCAUAGAGACAUUAGAGCCCCUGGAAACUGAGAUGGUUCCAACAGAACACUCAGAGAGCAGUAAGGGGGGAAGGGGCAUUUGCUUGUCUGUCUGAAAUAAAAAACUGUGAGCAAAUGGAUUCCAAAACCAAAAUGUGAAUUAGAAUAACAUGACUGUAUGAUGUCCCCGUCCAUCCAUCAGUGGUUUAAAUACUUUAGAAUGGUGAUUUUUGUGAUCACCAAUCUUACAAACAGCCAGUUAUACAACCCAUUUUUCCUGACCGGGGGGGAAUCACAUAAGGAAAGUGGCAUUGCUGAAAAACGAGUAGACAUCACUUCACAUUCUCAUGGCUCGGUGCAUUGGAAAUCACUUUGGAGGAGAAGAAGAAUGUGACAGAGUAUCAUACUGCACCGUACCACUGUCAAUUUGAGAUGUUCCAUUUUCUGAACUCCUCAGUCCCUAAUUAGUUGUUAAAUAGGGGUUCUAUUGUAAUGAAUGGGAACUGACCUCACAUGACUUCCAGCUAAUGCACACAGGGCCUGGCGUGUCCAGGGGCGUUAAGUUGGUAUAUCCACACUGCAAUCCAAGUGGUGACUGCAGUAUGUGAAGAUGUAUCCUAUAUAGCUUUAAUCUCACUAGCUCGGGUGCCAGUAGCAGUCAAGCCGUGCCGGGCGGGCUAGCUGCCCGAGUGCAUACUUGUACUUGGGCAGCUAGCCUAUGCUACUGCAGUUUUGGUGCUCUUCGUACCCAAGCUAGAAGCUCGAUUCAAGCUUGCUCAGCUAUGACUGCGUGUGCUGCAAUGACCUCUCCAAUUGCAGUGUAGACCUACCCUUAGAAUCCACUUGUAUGCAUGCAAUUUUUGUGCCAAUGUGUAUAUCCACUAGCAUGCUCUGUGUGCAUGAGUGACCGUGCAUAAACUGUAUGUGCAGGUAAGGGGAGGCCACCUUUUAAAUCAGACUUGUAUUGUAAUUUGUGUUGUGAUCCAUGCAUAAUACGUCAAUGCCGAUUGAAAUUGAUUAGCGCUCCACAAACCUUGUGUAUGUGACGUCUAAUUCACACAAUGAGUGGUUUCCUUUUGGUGAUUUAAACAGAGUGAAUUAGGAGGGUGGCCAUUGGGAAAGAGUUUGCUUAUGUACAUAAUAGGAUAAAAGACGUGGUGAGGCCAGUGGAAAAUAAGCACAUACUCUCAUACUAAAUGUCUAGGGCUCAGGGUCGGUAUAAAGCUGCCCAGAGUUACAAGAGUAGGAUCUUGCUUAUCUAGCUGUUGCACCUCUUUUUCCUUCUCCUCAAUCCUUGCCUUUCUGCCUGAGUGCGCACCUGUGUCCUAGAGGCCCUAAAAUGUAAGUAUUACCCUGGGUUUUCUGAGGGGAGAACAGAGCCAUAUCACUUAUGUGUUUCCCUUCCCUUCCCUUCCAGGGAAAGCUACAAAUUGUGCAGGCAGACAAAUUGCCUUUUGACACUAGGAUAGAGCCUUUGGCAGAAAAAUGCGUUAGAUAAUUAUUCUGAUAUGGGGCAAACUAGAUGAGCCAGAUGAAUAUUUUCUUUCCGGCAAGUCCAUAUAGAUGCAAUUUGCUCCUCUAAAGGCCCAUGUGAGCACCCUCUGCAGAGAGGGGAGGUUUUUUCACUCUAUAUACUUUACUUAGCUCUCAGAUCAGCUUGCUUUGUAUACAUUCUACUUAAUGUCCAAAACAAAUUCCAACCCUGAUCCUUUCCUAAGGGGGUUGUUAAUGGAUUCUUUGCCUGCAUUUGAGCUUUCUGCAGAUGUGACCCACCAAAUGACUCUUGAUAUCCAUCUUUUUCAGUGUUACUAAAGUAAACAUUUUAGAAGUGGUCUUUGUUCCUGAAUGUGUUUUUUUUAGAAGAGGUUUUUCUUUUUUCCUGUGUUGAGACUCUGGAAGGCCUUUCUGUAAACACUUCUCAUAUAGAUUGACUUUUCUUCCCAAGACCAAGAUUGCACUGAAGGCUGCGAUGCUGCAGAAUGUUACUCUUACUCAGCCUGUUAGUUUUUAGCAGCCUCUUAACAUACAGAAUUUUGGUUUUGCUGUAGCUAAAGCUGGCAAUAGAAGUACAGCUGUUAAUGGUAACUUUUACUGGUGGUUUAAAAGCCACCUCAAGGGAGGCAAUUGUUCCUGAUGCUGUAAUGUAGCAUAAUUUUAGCUCUUCUGUUUGGGUAAAAUUCACCUCAGCAGAGGACAGGCACAAGCCACUUAAGUCCCACUUCAGAGGUAUGUAGGCCUUUGUGGGCCUCAGCCAGGGGUGAAUUUCACUCCUGCUUUACUUUCCUACUUUGUUGACUGUUUUUUUUUAACUGUCAUAUGUCAUUCUUGCUCCAGAAACACUUGAUUUCCUUUUCUGUCCCCACUUGCUCUGUCAAUCAACUGAUUUCACUGAGUUGGGAGCUACUUUACUGCUAGUCUAUAAAGAAUACAGAGCCCUUGUUCCACGACGCUUGUCACACAUGAAAUAAUUUUUUUUUUUUUUUUUUUUUAAGAAAAUGGUAAGUGACUUGAAAAUAUGCAGUGUGAGUUGCUGCUCUGUUUUCCCCAUAUUGUAGCUUCCCUGUUCAGCCAGUGAGAGUCUCUGAACCAAUAUCAUCAGUGCGAUAAAGGGGAGAGAUUUUUUUUACAUUUGACAAAUGUACUGAAGAAAUGGCAUCCUUGUGGUUUUAAUCUAUCUGCUUUGGAAUUUUAGCUAAUACCAGCAGUUCUAGUAAUGGUUCCCAUAUUUCUUGAGUACAUGUAGAUACUGAAAGAGCACAAUUUGUUAUUUAUGAAGUGCACAUUUUCUAGCAAUAUAGAGAUUUGGUAAUUAUUGCUAGAACUAAUAAUUCAAACUCUGCAGUAGAUAAAGAUGGUGUUUUCCUGCAUAAUAUUGGACCUCUCCCAGAUACCUUCCAUUACAUCCCUUUGAAUCUUGCCUCUGUCUUCCUACUUAGGGUACCCAAACCACCUUAACUCUCUCCUGUAGUUAUACCAUGCAAGAAACAUACAUUAAUGAUUAAAACGUUUUUGAGUUUUUCAGUCCCAGAUUAGAUUAAACUGAUUUUUAAAGACACAUGAGCUUGGGGGGGGGCGGGUCCACUAGGGACAUAGUUAGGGUUGUUUGUGUGCCUUAACGUGUAUUUCUAUGGUUCAACAUAUUUGGAUUUCUUUUAAGUUUAAGCUUAACCUUAACUCUGAAUUUCCUGAGUUUAUAAUGCUUGUGUUUUGAAUAGUUACACCAUCCUUGUAAUGUAUUUUACCCUAAAUUAGUGAUGUACGUUCUCUAGUUUUUGUCAAGCGUUUCCGUUAAAAAAUACUAAAAAUUCCUACAUGGACACUGACGGAGAAGCCGAAGAAAGUGAAUGUUGUAGUGUGAUAUUGCUAAUGACUUCAAGAUAUGAAGUAUCAGGCUUAAGGGGGGUGUUUUUACUUUUAGGGCCAGCCUUCCCAGUAGGUUCUAGCUGCAUUAUGGGGCUUGGGAGCAGCAUUAAGUAACUGGCUAGUUAAGCUGCAUUUACAACUGUUGUGCAUUGACAGAUCAGCCCGAAGUAACCCGUGUUUAUACCCCAGCUUCUGUCUACCUCCUGCCCUCCGUCUUUCACCCUGGUUCCCCACCCACGUGCCUUUUCUGUUGGGCGGAUCUAGUGCAAUGGAUUGGUUUGGGAAUGAAAUAAUUAGGAUUAAUGGUCAUUUUUUUCCUGUUACUUUUCAUAACUGAAAGUGUCUCCUUCAGCAGAGGCUGGCACAUAAAAUUAUUUAGAAAAGCUCAAAGAAUUGACUGCUUUCAAAAUGGCCAUCACCUCCCAUUGUUUUCAAUAACCAUGAAGCCACGUUGCCCUCAGAGUAUAGACAGUGGUCCUCUCUCUGCCAUGAGGAGCUUGCUGAAUGGAGGCAGUGGACAUCUUUGCUAAGGGCAGCAUGUGAACUGUCUCCCAUUAAGAACAAUAGGGGGUAACAGCCAUUGCAAAAGAGGGCAAUUUUUCAUGGAAUUCUCUGUAAUAAAACUUUAUCUCCAGCUCCUGCAGAGGGAGAGACUUUCAGCAAUAGUUAAAAAUGACCAUUUAUCUGAAAAAUAAAUAAAAAUCUUCAAACGUUAGUGUGUGAACAAGUUCUCAGUGAGCUCUAACUGUAUGAGAAAUUUGAAGAGGCUGUAUUGUUUCCUUACUAAGAUAAUUGAGGUAAAAUAAAAAGGUCUGACACUGGAUACUAAAUUUUUUAGGGACUCAUUCUUACCAAAUUAAUUUACUCCUAAAAUUAAUUAACAGAUUUACUUGUAAAUUCUCAGAAAAUUCAUUCUUCUCUAAGGUUUCAGAGUAGCAGCUGUGUUAGUCUGUAUCCGCAAAAAGAACAGGAGGACUUGUGGCACCUUAGAGACUAACAAAUUUAUUAGAGCAUAAGCUGCAUCCGAUGAAAUGGGCUGUAGCCCACGAAAGCUUAUGCUGUAAUAAAUUUGUUAGUCUCUAAGGUAGCACAAGUACUCCUGUCAUUCUUCUCUAAGUAAGUGCUGAGAGUCUGGGGAGAAUAAUCUGUAUUUUUCAUAAACAGAGAUUGCAUCCCUGCUUUAUGUACAAAAUGCAACUCUGCCUUUCGCUAUGGACCCAUGAUUGGCACCUAUAUAAUUCUAAAGCACAUAGUACCGAGCUUAGUUUUUGCUAAGUACAGUGGGAAACCUUAGAGGGCAGACCUCUUAUACAUCUGAGAAAUUAAUGAUAAACUUAUCACAAGGAUGUAUUGGAAAAAGAAUUAAAUGUAACAGGAUUAUGAAUGUACUGUAUGAACUGGUGUUAAACCUUAUGUUGCCCUACAACGAAUUGCUGCUUUUACCCAUAGGAUGCCAUUUUGGUCUCUGGGACUCACUCUAUAUGAGAUUAAUGAGCAUUGUAGCUUUUAUUAUAACAGUUGUAGAAGUGCUGCUAACGUCUGUCUUGGCAUAUUUCAACUUCACACUGUGGUAUAAGAUCCAUUUUAUAUUUUACUCAUGCUUUUGGUUUUCUUUGUAAAUUGUUCCUUACUGUUGUUCAAAAAGACAAACUAAAACUAUAUUCUCUAUGGUUAGAUGUAUUUUCAAAUCAAUAAAAUCCUGGCUGUUGUUUA